AUGCGGCUUACGUACUUGGAAGAUCCGGAGACAUGGACGAAAGCAUACGGAAUAUUGAAGAAGCUUGCGAUAGAGACUAACAAUUUGUAUCAAAAGAACAGUGACCAGUUUAAAAAAGUCCGGAACAAUCGAAGGUUUGCUUAUACAAUCAACAAACCAGUUUAUACCAAUAAACCGCCAAAAAAGGAAAUUACUCUGCAGACAAUCAUCGACGAUAUAGAUGAGCUUCUCCAUGUUUGCAAGCUCAUCAAAGAAGCUCUCGACGGUCUUUUCGAAAUUUUUUCACCGAAGCCAACGUACACAGAUUUUCUGGAGCUUCUCUCGCAGAAUACCGACUUUGAUAUCAAUCAACAUAAAUAUCGGUCGGAUUGCAUCAUCCUCGCUGUGCUCCAUGAUCUACUUUUGUACGGCCUCGAUAGUCUCCCAGAUAUUGUCCAAGAAAACCGAGUUCUUAGCCGUGGAGCUGCCCCAUACAUCGUGCUUUUCAUAUUUAUUGAAGAUCUCUGGAAUAGCUUUUUACUCGACUUCGACGCUGGAAUUGCUGAGCUGAAGAAAAUCAAGGCCGGAAUUCGCAAUCGCUGCCGAGCGCACUUCAGCCGACAACUAGAGCCAAUACAAAUAACUAGAGUUGUCGGCGUCAAGUUAGCAGAUAUGAUCCUGAAGAAAGCCUGGUCUGGACAAGGACAGUCGCCUCCCGAUUUUUACUGGCAAGCAGGUCAGAAUCCAGGGCUUUCUUGGGCCAAGCGUGGACUCACUCAAGCUCUUCGAGGCGCGAAGAAAAUCAUCUAUAAGUCAUUAUGUGUCUUCCAAGAAGGAGCCAUAAAAAGUCACAAGAACUAUCCUCUUCGACUGAUCACAGCGAAGAGUUUCGUUAGAAAAUGGGCCUUUCGACUUUCUCAGAUGGUCAAGCCCAAUCAACCCAGUGGAUCGGAUGAUCGACACGAUCACAAGACGAUUGAUCCGCGAUUUCCUCUUCUUGCUGAUAAUGUGCGAAACCUAAUGAUGGGUCCCUUCUUCUCCAACAAGUUCAAUGGACAUUUUCGACCGAUGGCCCGUGACGGUGAUCAAAUCGCUUUUCACGUUGAGCGGUUGAUAGGGCCGAUUGUUGUCGGUGGAAGAAAGCCCAACGCCGCCGUUUAUCGAGAGCGUGUUGUCGUUGUACAGAACUAUGUGACAGGCGAAUCCUUUACGCUGUCCUCCACAUUUCCCGGAAGCGUGGAGAAAAUCCUGUUUUCUGGUGACUGCAUUGUCGUCUGGUCUGAGCCUACCUUCUCGAGCGGUUCGGCAAAGCCUUCUUUGGUCAUCCUCGGCGAAGUUACCGCGUCAAUUUCUCUGCGGAAGAGUAGAAACUUCUCUGCACGAGAAUACUUCGCGUUCCACAAGCCUGACGACCGCAAUGUCGUGGAAAGCCAGUCGACUGGGAAAGCUCAGCCACUUGCGGAUACAUCGACCCAGUACUCGUUUCUCUAUCUGGCGAAAUGGACGGUGAAGAAUGGGCUGGAAAUGCUUUUAGAUGAGCCGAUUUCCGCUCAUGCUGCAGGAUUAGGCAUCAACUGCCCACGAUUCGAUCGAGAUGUUCCCGAAAUCUUUGUUGUUCCCAAAAAGAACGAUGAUACUUGGAUAAACAUCAUCACUCAGAUUGAAAGAGUUGUGAUCCAGGUCCACUCAUGGGACGAGAAAAACUUUGAUGGGACAAUUCAUCUUCGCUGGCGUCUGAAUAUGCAACAUCUAAGUCCCUCUAUGAAGAUGAUCGGAGACGAACGACAAUUCUAUCUUCCUGGAGCACAGAUUCGGGGAAUCGGCUGGAAAAUCGAAUACUGUGAGAAAGCAGACAACAUGCGACUACGGGUGAAUUUCGAAGCAUCGCUGAUUGAACGGAAGGCAAGAAAAGAAACAGUCGACAAAGAUGGAGACUUCGUUCGGGUCAGCGUCGAGUUUUUGGAAAAAUGGCGGGAUUUCGAUAAAGUUGUCGAAAAGCUAAAAAAAUACGACCCGGAUAGAGAAGGGCGAGUUAUCGAACAGUUCAGCUUGUCUGAGAUGAGUUUGAACGCAGAGGCAAAGAGCAUAGACACGCGAAUGAUCCUGCAGGAAAACUCGGGCGAUAGGGAUGACGAGGAGUUUUGCGAAGUUUUGGCAAGUGACGGCUACGAUUGGGUUCGGGCGGAAAACAGAGACGAGGCGAUGAGCGAUUAUGCAAGAGGAGCCAAUCGACCACAAGCAAUUUGGUGGGACGAGACACUCGGCACUGAUGCUGCCUUUUGGGUCGACGAUGACCUCAAUCUCUGUGCGAAAGGGAAGGUUGAUUGA